AUCACACCAAAUUAGUGUCGAAUUUUCGCAACAUUCCAAUUGGAUUUGAAAUCUAAACCAAAAAAGAAAUAUAUGUAAUAUAUUUUUAACUGAGGGACCAGAUGGAAAAUAUGGUACAGUACAAGGACCAAGAGUGUAUAUAAUAUAUAGUUAUAUAUAUAUAAGUCUUAAGAUUCAAGAUUCUAUUGCAGAGUGAUACAAAAAAAAAAAAAAUCUCUGUGGUGAGAAAAGUCUUAAGAAGCCCAUCUUCUUCUCCGAGAAAAUGGGUCGUGAGGAGGACGAAGCUGCGGUGCACAAUCAUCAAAAUGCCAUUGAGGUUCGAAACGACAACGUUUACGACGAUGAUGACGAUCCAAACCAGAAGAACAAAGGAAACGACACCGUUCCGGCGGCGGCGUUAUCUGUGGAACAGAUCUUCGCUAGUCAGGAGGUUCCUUCAUGGCAGGAUCAGCUGACUGUGAGGGCUUUCGUGGUGAGUUUUGUGCUCAGCAUUCUCUUCACUUUCAUUGUCAUGAAGCUCAAUCUCACCACGGGGAUUAUUCCUUCGCUCAAUGUUUCCGCUGGUCUUUUGGGAUUCUUCUUCGUCAAAACUUGGACCAAAAUCGCUUCUAAAUCUGGUCUAUUGAAGCAACCCUUUACUAGACAAGAGAACACUGUUAUUCAGACCUGUGUUGUUGCUUCCUCUGGCAUCGCCUUUAGCGGAGGCUUUGGGAGUUACCUCUUUGGAAUGAGUGAAAGUGUUGCUAAACAGUCUUCAGAUACCAAUGAUUACAAAAAUCCAUCAUUGGGAUGGAUAAUUGGGUUUCUUUUUGUUGUUAGCUUUCUUGGUCUCUUCUCAGUGGUGCCUCUUCGUAAGAUCAUGAUCAUUGACUUCAAAUUGACAUACCCAAGUGGUACUGCAACUGCUCAUCUGAUUAACAGUUUCCACACUCCUGAAGGAGCCAAGUUAGCAAAGAAACAAGUGAGAACGUUGGGCAAAUUUUUCUCCUUAAGUUUUUUCUGGGGUUUCUUUCAAUGGUUCUAUACUGCUGCAGAUGAUUGUGGAUUUGCUAAUUUCCCUACACUAGGAUUGAAGGCAUACGAGAACAAGUUUUACUUUGAUUUCUCUUCAACAUAUGUUGGAGUGGGAAUGAUUUGCCCAUACAUUGUGAACAUAUCAGUGCUGCUUGGAGGAAUUCUUUCUUGGGGUGUCAUGUGGCCUCUAAUAGAGAAUAGAAAGGGUGAUUGGUUCGAUGAAAAACUCAAACCAUCUAAUAUGCAUGCCCUUCAAGGAUACAAGGUGUUUAUCGCCAUUGCCAUAAUUUUGGGCGACGGACUAUACAACUUCGUGAAGGUGCUGACCCGAACCCUUUCUGGCUUGUAUAAUCAGCUGCAAGAAAAAGAUGUGGCAGACAGCUCUCUUCCAGUGGCAGAUCGUCCCUCUUACACUAAAGAAGAGCCAUCCUUUGAUGACCAACGCCGCACACAACUGUUUUUGAAAGACCAAAUUUCAGUAUGGUUUGCUCUUGGAGGCUAUGUUGCAAUAGCUGCCAUCUCCAUUGGUACUCUUCCACACAUAUUCCCCCAACUCAAAUGGUAUUACAUAGUGGUAAUCUAUAUCUUUGCUCCUGCCUUGGCUUUCUGUAAUGCAUACGGGUGUGGCCUCACGGAUUGGUCCCUUGCUUCUACCUACGGAAAACUUGCCAUCUUCACAAUUGGAGCAUGGGCAGGUGCGUCAAAUGGUGGUGUUCUUGCUGGUCUAGCAGCCUGUGGAGUCAUGAUGAACAUAGUCUCAACAGCCUCUGACCUGACUCAAGAUUUCAAGACUGGUUACCUAACUCUAGCUUCGCCACGCUCCAUGUUUUUCAGCCAAGUUAUUGGAACAGCAAUGGGUUGUAUCAUUUCUCCCUGUGUCUUCUGGCUCUUUUACAAUGCAUAUGAUAACCUCGGAAAGCCCAGUUCUCCAUAUCCUGCUCCAUUUGCUGUUGUGUAUCGAAACAUGGCCAUACUUGGAGUAGAAGGGUUUGGCUCUCUGCCACGCUAUUGCCUCCUGCUUUGUUACAUUUUCUUCGGUAUAGCCAUUGCGGUUAACCUCAUCAAGGAUUUCAUAGGAAAGGAUAAAGGAAAAUACAUUCCAAUCCCAAUGGCAAUGGCAAUACCAUUCUACAUAGGAUCAUACUUUGCCAUUGACAUGUGUAUUGGAAGCUUGAUCUUGUUCAUAUGGACUAAGAUAAACAAGGCCAAGGCAGAGGCUUUUGCACCGGCAGUUGCUUCGGGUUUAAUCUGUGGUGAUGGCAUAUGGACUUUACCUGCUUCAAUUCUUGCUCUUGCUGGGAUUAAACCACCAAUUUGCAUGAAGUUUCUAUCUGGUAAAGAUAAUGCCAAAGUCGAUGGUUUCUUAUCUUCUAGCAGCUAAGUCUCUGUCAAAUAAUCAUAUUAUUGUUCUAUACUCCUUUCACUUGUGUGGCCAAGGUAUUAUUAAGUUAUUGUGAAUAAUCACAUCCUAAACAAUGUGGUUAAGAAGGCUGUUUUUAGUAUUUGUUUAUAUUAUAUCUAGUAAUCGGAAAUCACAAAAGUAAAGGGUUCUUUUUGUUUCUUCUA